ACGUGAUGCCACUACGUCACAUGUAAAUCAGGGGGGAAGAUGGCGGCCGCCGGAGGAGAACCUUCUACCGAAAUCGUGUCGGAUGAAUUAUUUCAAAACUUUUAUACGGAGGUACGAUACGUCUUACGUGAAGCAGAUUGAGAAGAGAGACUCGGUGUUAACCUCCAAGCAGCAGAUUGACAGACUGCUCAGGCCUGGCGCAUCCUACUUCAAUCUCAAUCCUUUUGAGGUGCUGCAAAUUGAUGCUGAGGCAACAGAUGAUGAAUUGAAGAAAAGAUUUCGAGCGUUGUCCAUUCUGGUCCAUCCAGACAAAAAUCAGGAUGAUCCAAUCAGAUCACAGAAAGCCUUUGAAGCUGUGGACAAGGCAUACAAAAACCUACUGGAACCAGAUCAGAGGAAGAGAGCCUUAGAUGUGGUCCAUGCGGGACAGGAAUAUGUGGAGCAUAACGUAAAGGAGAAAAAGAAACAGUUGAAGAAGGAUGGGAAGCCAUUGGAUGUGGAGGAGGACGACCCUGAAAUGUUCAGGCAAGCCGUGUACAAACAGACCAUGAAGCUGUUCGCAGAGCUCGAAAUCAAGAGGAAGGAAAGGGAAGCAAAGGACAUGCAUGAAAGGAAAAGGGCAAGAGAGGAAGAAAUUGAGGCAGCAGAGAAAGUAAAGCGGGAGAGAGAGUGGCAGAAAAACUUUGAGGAAACAAGAGAUGGGCGUGUGGACAGUUGGAGGACCUUCCAGGCCAAAGGCAAAAAGAGCAAGGAAAAAAAGAACAGGUCCUUCCUCAAGCCCCCAAAAGUCAAGAUGGAACAGAGAGAAUGAUGCCGUGAAAUGGGACUUUUAGAUUAAACCCACUGUUAUAAAAAACCCACUUCUGUGUGUUCUCACCUCAUCGUCUGCAGUCAACUGUGAAGUCGUCAUCACAGUCAUCGGGAUACUUGUCGUACGAAAACUCCUUAUCCUGACAAACGUAGUUUUGUACUUGGUUUUCUAAUGUACAUAUUUGUGAUCUGGACCCAGAGAUCAUACCUGCCUCAUGUAAGAAAGAAAAUGAUGGAUCUUCCUCUUCCGUAACUAAUGAGAAAAAUGUGGUUUGUCAUUGUUUUUGUUCUUUAUUUUUUUUAACUAAAUAAAGCUUGGUCUUAACAAGCCCGGUGUUAAAAAAAGCCUACCUUGCAGUGGUCUUUAAAGCUGAGUCUUUUACAGAAGUUGGUUUGGAAGGUAAGACCAAAUUUGGGUAAUGAUAUCUAAAAGGUAUAUGGCAUUCACUUUAUGAAUCUGGUUGUAAAUAUGGAAUCUACCAAGCAGAUACAAUGCUGUCUGGAUUUACACACACACAACCUUGAAAUAUGCUGUCGGAUUAGAACAGAACAAUAAAAUAUUUCUGGACCGACCAGUAGUUCAAAGAAAUAAAAUUCCACAGUACAAAUGCAGGUUUUGCAUUUUGUGUCUUAGUUCUGCAUGUCUUGAAUGUAUUCAUUUAAAAACUGUCAAUGAAACAUCUGAUG